UCUUGUUCUGUACAUGCACUCUCUAACGGCAAAGCGAGUUCAUCGAUGCUCAACUCAACUCAACAAUGGAAACCCUAAACUCAGCGACAUCGUCUCCUUCGAGAAUCAGUGAUUCUAAGCCUCAAAGUUCUUCUCCACUGCCGUCAUCGGUUCUCAGGCUAUGGAGGCAAGCUGCGCAGCGGAAUCUGAGGAACCAGUGGUCACAAUUGGCGUCGUACAGGGAUAAAUGGUCCUCUAUUUUUUCCGCCGGAAGAUCUCAUGCAACUGCUCUUGUCAACUCUCAUAUUUCCCAAAGGUACAUGCCUGAUAUGAAGUUAGGUGUUUUGAGCGAUAUGCCUGAUAUAAGAAACAGAGCUUGCGUGAAACUAUUUAAGCAGCAGGAACUUCAAAGGAGCGAAUUGUUGUUGUCUUAUAAGGAUAUGGUGAGCGUUGCACGUGACAUGAUCAAUGUUAGCAGAUCAAUGAAGUGUUUCCUCAAAGGAGCAAAUAAUAGUUCAAUUUUACAAUUUUCUCAUAACUCUGAAGACCAGAGUGACUCUGGAGAUGGUGGUGGGAUUCCAGUAUUUGCAUUUUUGUCGAUCUCUUCACAUGAAAAAUUUGCUGAGGAGCUGGUUCAGAUGUUUAGCUUGGAAUUGCGUUUGAAGCGGUUACUUGUUCUUGGUUUUAUGUCCAUUGGUUAUGAUGCUUCACAAGUAAACCAGUUGCAUUGGUCAGCUCAGCUUUAUGCUGAUGAAUUCAAAGAUUUGAGAGACUGCAAUCUGUACUGUGAGGAUACUCAUGGGCCAGUUCCACCAAGACUGAGAGAUGGGAAAUCUGACAUGGUUGCUUUAAGAUUUGACAACAAACCCAACCCUGAGAUUUUACAGGUUUAUUUAACAACAUGGCUUGCAGAGGCGAAUGUCGACACUUUCAGGGUGAACGAGAUAUUUGCAGUUAUUGGGGAGGAAAUGCAUAUUAGCAUAUGUUAAAGCUGCUGUCAUCACGAGUGACGUCUCAGUACUGAAUGAUGAGCAUGUUGUUGGAGUCAGAAUGAGUGGUUAGACCUUAGUGCUCUUUCUAAAGAUAUUUUCUAUACCAAAAAAGAGUGGUAAGAGAUGUUUAUUGCUUGCUGCUGCAGUAAAAUCCAUAAUCAAGUCAUGGAGAUGAGUAGUUUUAGUCUCAUUCUCAUAAUAGUAACAAGUUGUGAACAGACGAAAACCAGGUUCUUCAUAUGCGGAUGAAAUUUGUUCAAAGUCAAACUUUAGGAAUUAUGCGGGAGAUGGGUGGGUGUUCAUAUGAAAUUCUUCAUAUGUGAGCAAAUGGGUGUCUGCAUUGGAUGCAUCAUAUGCUCAACUAUAUCGCAAAUAUGCAGGAGGUACUUAACUAUUUUACUGUGUUUUUCUUCUUCCUGUUUUGACCUUCAGGGAAGGUUUAUAACAUUUUUCUUUUUAAUAAAAUAAAAAAAAGGCUGCUAGUCUUACUACUUCAUUGUCAAAUCGGAAUGGGCCAAUUUUGAUACGUUAGACACCCAUGUGUCCAAAGCUAUUAUUAAAAAGAAAAAAUAAAUUGAUGUAAACAGAAAUUUAGCCAACAAAAUGUGAUGCUGAUGUUAGUUUAAUUUUAUAUCAUCUUUUGA